AUGAAAGCACAGGGUGGCAAAACACCUACUGAAAUCAUUUCUUCUCCACGCACUGGCGUCGAAGAGUCAAUCGAGAAUCUAAAGAGCCUGAACAUUGAGCCCAUCACAAGAAGCUCUCAGUUGCAAAUCCGGCACCGCUGCCUAGAAAGGGAUGGCAAUAAAUGUCUUGCAACAGGGGCGUACAGUUGCAACCACGCCCAUCCAAAAAACGCAGAAACGACCUUUCUUGAAGCGGCCCACAUUAUUCCAUUUGCACUGGGAUCCUUUCAGAUCAAGGACGGGGAGGCAGUGGACAGACAUGCAACGAUCUGGGUCAACCUAAGGCGCUACUUUCCCGUUCUUUCCACUAUGUCCUUUACCUCAGAACAGAUCAAUUCGGAAAAGAACAUCCUAAUGCUAGACGCCCAAAUUCACAGGUUAUUCGGAGAAUUCAGCCUCAUUUUUGAAGCAACAGGCAUUGCGCACCAAUAUCGAAUCAAGACCUUUCCAGAAGCCGCCACAAUCCCGUUAAAAGCGUUACCUAGAAGUCGUGUUGUCAAAUUCAGAGUUCACAAAGGAAACUGGGAACUUCCAGAUCCUAGACUCCUCGCAAUCCACGCUUGUAUUGGAACCUUCCUACACAUGAGUGGCCAGGCGGAAAUAAUCGACAAGCUCCUACAAAAAUUUGAAGAAUGUGGUGGGCUUGCUCCAAGUGGAAGCACCAACAUCGGAGACCUUCUCGCAGUGAGCAGCCUCUCACUACUAUCCUCAAAUGUCGACAAAAUGUCCGAUCUCCAAAAGUCUACAGAGAAGCGACGUCCUACGGAGAAGCAAGGACGAGUAUGGCCGAAAAUACUUGGCACUGAGAAUGAACCAUCGGAAAACUAA